UGCUACCGACUCACGUUAAACUUCGUUAUCAUCAGUCAUUUUUGAUAGCUGGAGACAAGCAUGAAAUUACAUGUGAAACGAGGGGAUCCCGCCCACGAGCUCUGACUACCUGGUGGCUGAAUGGACACAAAAUUGGAGUUGGAACUCAAGAAACGAUUCGGGAAGGUGGUAACUUGACACUUAGCAUCCUGCAUUUUACACCUACUCCAGAAGAUAACGGUAAACGACUCAUCUGUAAAUCAGCAAACCCAGCUCUUCCUAAGACAACAAUAGAAGAUGGAAUAUUUCUAAAAGUUCAUUAUAUCCCAAUUGUCAACAUAUCCUUUAGUUCCAGCAUGGCUGAUUCAAAAGUAAAAGAAGGGAAUGAUGUUUAUUUGGAAUGCUCCAUCCGAGCGAAUCCGUGGGUUUUCGAAAUUGAGUGGCAUUUCGAGGACAGAGCCCUUACCACAAAUAGGACAGCGGGUAUCAUCAUUAGUAACCAGACCCUGCUGCUACAGAAUGUAGGGAAAAAACACCGUGGGAGAUACCGUUGCUUAGCAACAAACACCGUAGGCCAAGGACGCAGUAACUAUCAGUAUUUACUCGUUCAAUUCACUCCAGUUUGCAGUUUUACGGAACCACAGUUUUAUGGCGUCACAACGGGGGAGACUGUAAACGUGACAUGUGAAGUAGAAGCUGAUCCUAGCAAUGUCGUCUUCAGGUGGUCAAUUAAUAAUUCUCUUGAUACGACUCUCUUAAGGAACUGGAGUAAUGAUGGAACGCGAAGUGUCAUAAGCUAUUCUCCGCAAAUUCUUCGCAAUUCAGGAUUCGGAAAUCUUCUGUGUUGGGCCCGCAACAGUCUUGGAAUUCAAAAAGAGCCAUGUGUGAUCAAAGUUGUACCAGCAGAUUGCCAGGGUUGUCAUCUCCGUCCAUGUCAUUUCUUUCUGAGUAGGCUUUAUCAGAGACACAUGACAACAACAAUA